GGGAGAGAGACGUGUUCCAUCUCCGUUUUGUUUUUCCCCAAAAUCCAAUUUUCUGAUUCCGAGCAAACCAUGAAAACCGGAGAAAGAGCCAAAAACAAGCAAACAGCCAAAACAAAAAUGGUGAACUUCUCUUCCUCUGACGACAGCCCGGAGUUCUUCAAAGUUUUCCUACCCUACACCAGCUCACACCAAAUAUCCAUACCACAAGUUUUCAUCAAGCACUUCAAUGGAGCAAUACCAAAGAAGGCCACUCUCUUUGAUCAUACUAAGAAGCGUUGGCAUGUCAGUCUGGAGCAAACUGACGGGCGCUUGUGUUUUACCAAUGGCUGGCAAAGCUUUGCCAGUCACCACUCUCUGCAAUUUGGAGACUUCCUGGUCUUCAAAUACAACAGAAAGUCUUGGUUUGAAGUGAAAAUAUUCAGUAAAACUGGAUGCAAGAAGGGAGAAGAAGCUGUGGCUCCUCCUGAUAAGACAUUCCCAUUUGUGGAUUUGAAAGAAGAAGAUUCUGAACUAGAGAAAACUUGUAGAAAACUCACUUGUGCCAGCAAGCGAAAGCAUUCGGAAAUCGGCCUCAAGAAAAAUGAAGAGCCAGGCAGUGAGUUGUUUGGCAAAGCUUUUUCCUUAGACAUUGUAGGCUCAUCUAAAGCCGGUCUGCAUAAAUCGCGAAGAACUGUUGAAACAAAUCAAGAUGAACCAAAUAUCCCAAGAGUUGGCCGAUUUGUUGCACCAAAGAAUCCAUACUUUGUGGUGGCCAUUGCUAAACAUAUGCGGUAUGGCUUGCGUCUUCAAAGAAGUUUGGUACAGGCAUUUAACAUAAGAUUAAGGGAAAACGUGGUGAUUCGUGAUCAAAACAGAAAAAACAGAAAUCCGUGGCCAGUGAAAAUAAUUUUCAUGAGUGAUGGGCGAAUCGCUAUUGGAACUGGAUGGUCUCAUUUCAGAAAGAAGAACAACAUACAAGUAGGAGACCAAUGCGUGUUUGAGUUUGUCAUUGGAAGGGGAAAUAUAUGCAAUGAAAUGCACGUGCAAAUUCUUCGUGGAAAUGCAAGAUUAAAGAACCUUCGUUGGCAUUGGGAUUUGCAGAAGAAUGCAUGAUAUUAUGAAGGAAUGUAGGCUGAACUUAGUUAUGUCACUUGGGAUUUGCUUCGUAUUGGUUUAGUUUUUUGUAAUUUGCAGAAGAAUGCAUGGUGUGCAAAUCCUCCAAUGGCGCCU